AUGGCGUCGACGCGUCGGACGAAUUACCACCACCAGCUUAACAUCUACCACGACCCCGUGCCGGUGCUGCCGUCCACCACCUUCCACGAUCUCCCACAGGAUUCGGUCGAGGCAGCUCUUCUAAGCGCCCUUGGCCAGCAACCUUUCAGACAGCCGGCCUUCGUGCUCAGUCCUNCGCACAACUCGGCCACCACCGGCCUGCCGAGAAAGCACUCGAGCUCGCCCGACGGUCCUCUUGGCCGACGCUCGCUCCACAACAUCACCAUCNCCUCUCCGCUGCAAGCAGCCUUCCCGUCCGACUCACCCGCCAAGCGCGGUUUCUUUUCCGCCAUGAACCUGAACAAGGAAAACAUGUUCCCCUACGACCACCACCUCUACAACGCACAAAAGGCCGUCCCCAUCAAGCGGGCAUUGGUCGACAAGACCAGCAAGAAGCCAGUGAAGCCCGCAGAGCAAUACGACUUUGUGCUACCCGAGCCCGAAGAGAUGCCGCCCGUACACGACGACGGCAACAAGCCUACCUUCAGCUAUGCGACCCUCAUUGGCAUGGCCAUCCUGCGCGCACCCAACCGCCGCCUCACGCUUGCCCAGAUCUACAAGUGGAUCUCGGACAACUUCAAGUACUACGGCGCAUCCGAGACUGGUUGGCAGAACAGCAUUCGUCACAACCUAAGUUUGAACAAGGCUUUCAUCAAGCAGGAGCGUCCCAAGGACGACCCUGGCAAGGGCAACUACUGGGCAAUUGAGCCUGGUAUGGAGCGCCAGUUCUGCAAAGACCGCCCUUUGAAGAAGGUGCAGAUUCCUUCCGAGAUGAUGCCUCUGCAGACUCUCCCUAGCAACGCUCCUCGCCCCGUCACUACCCCUGCAAUUGGCCGCUUUGCUUUGGGUCCUAACCCUGUCAAGAAGACUGACACCAAGGCCGUCGACUCUGCCUCAUUCCCUCAGGACCACUUCUCUUCAGACGGCACAAUCCCCGCCAGCGAUCCCGCCCUCCAAGAUGAUGAGCUUGCCAUGCCCCCUCCCGCCGUGCGUGCUUCUAUGCGUUCUUCUCCUCCUCCCGCCUUCGGCUCGUCUCCUCCACCCAUGCAAGACACUCCUCCUCGCCCCUCCCGCCUACGUUUCCCUACCGAGACACACUCUGGAGGCGCUCGCAAGCGCAAGUUCACCGCUCCUCAGGACAGUGGUUACUACUCUUCAAUAGAGUCAUCAGCAGUCAGAAACCCUACCAUCUCGCACGUCGCCCUCACUUCCGAUGCCGACCCAGACCACCGCCGUAUCAAGCGUGGCCGCGCAGAGGAGGAGAUUGCACGUAUUCGCAGCUCGUCCUACGACAGCCCUACAAAGAAGACCGCUCCCCACAAGCGCAAGCCCUCCGUGCACUUCGAAUACACCUCUCCUCAGCGUCCUACUUCUUCUGCCGCCGCUGUUGCUCCUUUGACCCCUGCUGUUGUCUUCAAGCGUCCAGCCAAGCCUCCGCAGUCCUGCUCUCCCAACACCAGUCUGCGCAACCAUCGCAACAACAUCAAGGCAUUCCUCGGCGAAUCGCCUGCAAAGAGCUGGACUCCUCUGGUUCCCUUCUCCNCUGCUUUCAACCUCGAUGAGUUCACUCCCGCCAAAGAGCUUACUCCUNGGCGCCCAUCCAAUGAUACUAACGACAUCUUCGACGAGAACGCUGCUCUGGAAGAUUUCAGCGCUCGUGGCAGCCCUGGAAAGAAGCGUCCACGCAUUGAACGCGCCGUCACUUCGACUGGUGUCCUGGCCGACAUCACCUCCGGCAAGGGCAAUGCUAUGGCUUUCGACAGCCCCUUCAACUUCCACUUUACUCCUCUUAAGGCCACUCAUCCCACUCAAUUGCGCUCUCCCGUCAUGCUUGGCUCGCCUCUGAAGCGUGUGACCAUGGCUCCUCCUUCCACUGGUGUAUCCGAGAGCACUGUCAACGCCCCUGAUUGGCUGGACCUGUCUCUUGACAAUUACUUCCCUCAACAAAACGGACAUGAGCUGUUUGGACUGGGCAUCCAGGAUGAUGUCUUUGACGAGCAGGGUCUCGACAUUCUACAGGAGUUCGGCAAGAUCGGAUCCAAGCAACCCCAGCUCCAGCCUACCAACCCUGGAAGCAGCAUGGGCAGCCCCGCCAAGCGCUCUCAGCGCCCUAGCAUCAGCAGAAGCAUCACCUCGAGAUUCUAA